AUGAAGACACCAUUUCGACAUGGCCAGACCGAAGCGAAAGAGAACGAUGGCCCACAGCCGGAUGACGGACUUCCUGUGCAAGUCGACAAAACCGUUCUGGUGCUCAUCAUGAUCGCUCUAUGCGCGGCUGUUUUCUGCCAAUCCUUGGACACGACCGUCAUUGCCACUGCCAUUCCAAGAAUCACCGACGAGUUCAAAUCACUUAGAGAUGUCGGCUGGUAUGGCGGCGCAUAUCUCCUCGCCAAUUGUGCCUCUCUGCUCGUCUACGGGAAGCUUUACAACCUCUGGCCCGUCCAGUGGGUAUUCCUGGGAGCUCUUGCUCUCUUUGAGAUUGGUAGUAUCGUAUGCGCUGCGGCGCCAACAUCGAUCGGGCUGAUCAUGGGCCGAGUCAUUGCGGGCAUUGGAUCGGGCGGUAUCCUGUCUGGCUCGGUUCUCAUCAUUGCAAACACUGUUCCGCUGCGCCAAAGACCCAUCUACAAUGGCUUGUUGGGGACAAUGUACGCCAUCUCGAGUGUAGCUGGACCUUUACUAGGGGGCGCCUUCACGCAGUAUGUCACUUGGAGACUCUGCUUUUGGAUCAACCUUCCGCUGGGAGUGUUCUCAGGAGUGGUCAUCAUUUUCUUCCUGCGGAAGCUCAAAGCCCCUCCGCGGGCAAGCCUGACAUUCAAAGAGAAGGUGUUGGAACUCGAUCUACCUGGCAUGGCGCUGUUCCUGCYAUCCAUUGUCUGCCUUCUACUGGCCAUCCAGUGGGGCGGAAUCCAGUACCCAUGGAAUAGCGGACAGGUCAUUGCCCUUCUCGUUCUGUUUGCCGUCCUGGGCGUUGCCUUUAUCGGCGUACAAGCUUGGCAGAAGGAUCGCGCCAUCAUUCCCCUUUCCAUCAUGAAACUGCGAACAGUCUGGUCAUGCACAAUCUUCUACUUCUUCCUCUUUGGCUCGCUCCUUGUAUUCACGUACUACCUGCCGCUGUGGUUCCAGGCUGUCAAAGGUGACUCGGCAUCGCAAAGCGGUAUCUAUACACUGCCGUUGAUGUGCGGAAGCGUGAUCAUGUCGAUUGCGACGAGCAUCAUCGUCACAUGGAUCGGCUACUACACCUGGGCUUGCAUAGCCUCGAGCAUCGUGGCUUCUAUAGGCGCCGGACUCAUGACUUUAUUUGCUCCUGGAAGCUCAGCAGGCUACUGGAUUGGAUUUCAAGCGCUGUAUGGAGCAGGAACGGGCCUCGGAUUGCAGCAACCUUUGAUUGCCGUACAAGCAGUCCUACCAGAGGAGCUCAUCUCCGAAGGCACCGCUUUUAUCAUCUUCGUAUCUACCGUUGGGGGCUCAGUCUUUCUGUCAGUUGCACAGAACUUAUUCAUCGGACACUUCACCUCGGGUCUACGAUCCUCUGGCCUUCCGAUUGACGCAGAUACUCUGAGCAGAGCCGGUGCAACGGAGCUGGAGAAACUGGUCACACCGGAGCUGCUUUCGCAAGUCCGCAGCAUCUACAAUGAUGCUGUCAUUCAGGCCUUCUAUGUCGCGGUAGCCACCGCAGCACUGAGUGUAUWUGGGAGUGCCGUGAUACCCUGGACCAACAUCAAAAAGGUUCAGAGUCAAAAGAAUGCCGCGAGGACGAGUACUGCGCCACAAGGUGAACAUGAGCAGUCCGAUACGACGGAGAAACGGUCGAUCAGUGGCUGA